AGGCAGAGACUCAGCCCUGCCACUCCCCCCUUUCUCCCCACCAGAAACCAAGCUCCCCGUGCGCUGGAGGAGCCCAGAGCGAGCAGCAGCCCAGCCAGAUUGGUGUCUUGGCUGUCUAGAGUCCCAAACACUUCAGGUCCUGAUGGGGGACUCAGGAUCAAGACGUUCAACUCUUGUGUCUCGACUGCCAAUAUUCAGGAGAAGUAUUAGUCGAAGACAUGACUCCCUUCCUUCCUCACCCUCCUCCAUUAAUACUGUGGGUGUCCAUAGCUCCUCUCCCUCCAGCACCAACUCAAGCUCAGGUAGCACAGGCAAGCGAAGGAGCAUAUUCCGCACACCUUCCAUCAGCUUCCACAACAAGAAGGGGAGUGAACAGAAGUCUGAAUCUGCAAGCCAGAAUGUAAGUAUUUCAAAUGGUGCUCAGUCAACUCACAACAAUUUCCAAAAACCGAGCUUGGAAGAACAUGUUAAAAGCAGAGGGAGGCAUUCAGUUGGUUUCGGCAGUUCACGGAGCAAGAAGAUAACAAGAUCUUUGACGGAGGACUUUGAAAAGGGGAAAGAGCCAUCAAGUAAUAAGAAUGUCUUUAUAAAUUGCAUACGUUCUGGAAAAAACGAGGGCGAUGACUCUGGCUUUAUAGAGGAGCAAAGUAGACGAUCUAUUAAGGAAUCCUCACGGAAACUUCUCCCGAAAUCUUUCUCAUCACACUACAGGUUUUCAAAGCCAGUCCCCCAGAGCCAGUCAGUUUCCUGUGUACAACAGUCUGGAUGCUUGUUGGAGAUUAAACCAUAUGUUGAAAGCGACCCUGUAACAGUAAGGUCCUCUCCAUCAUGUUCUGCUGAGAUAACAGAAUGUGCAGGAAGUUCUUUGCAAUCACCACAACUUUCUGCAGACCUCACCACAGUCCAGACCCCUUCGGAAUUUUUAGCCUUGACCGAAGAUUCUUUCUCAGAAGUUGAUGUGGUGCCCAAUAGUGGAAACACGGCACCACACACACAGAACUUUGACAAUAAUACUUCUACCUCUCAGAUUUUCCUCAGUCCUGUUGCUGCUUAUGUGAGGAAAAUAGAUCAUGUAGAAAGUACUUCCCUGUCUGCUGUUAUAUCUCCUGUGAAUCAUACAAGCUUUUGUAGUACUGAAUCAAAUACCUUGCCUAAAAAUACUGCUGCUAAUCAAACACAAGUAUUAUUGCAAACUACUGAACUUCCUGUUAAAGAUGCCGGGCACAUAGGAGAAAUUAACUCAGCAGAUGCACAGUUAAAAACUUUUGUGUUACAUCAUGAAGAAAAAACAGUGGAAUGCUCUCCAAAGGCUAGUGGAUUAUGUGGGGACCAACAUGAAAUAACGUUAUCUGAGUACAUUAGAGAAACAAUUCCUGUAACAGAAUCGAAGAUUAUUCCCUCCUCCUCUGAAUCCCGAUCCUUUAAAACACAACAGGGACAUGAAAUAAAUCACUCUAAAGUUAAUCUUGCCAGUAGUUUCAGUCCUUACCGAGAAGGCAGACUCAUAGAGAAACGCCUGAGAUCCUCGUCAGAAGGCAAUGCUGGAAGCAGCAGGAUGAUCUUAAAACCAAAGGACGGAAACACAGAAGAUCUUCAUAGCUUGCGGAAGCAGAGAGCAGGCUCGUCAUCUUCAAAAAUGAACAGCCUGGAUGUUCUGAAUAACUUGGGUUCCUGUGAGUUGGAUGAAGAUGACCUCAUGCUUGAUUUGGAAUUCCUAGAAGAGCAGCAUCACCAUCGUUCUGUUUGCCGGGAAGAUUCAUAUCAGUCCAUAGUCUCCUGUGCUGCCGUAGUACUUACACCUAUAGAACCACCUGGGGAAGCAAAGAAAAAAGAAGAGCCAAAAAUGCCUGAUGUGGCCAAACGGAACCUCUCUCUGAAGUUGUCAAAGGAGGUGGACCAAGGAGAAGCUAGAUGUCCUCGUGUCAGCCAGGUGGCCAGCAGUCCUGCUGUGGAGUGGCCUUUUGCAGGCCUGGAAGAAGGUGGAGGAAUGGAAUCUUUGCCCUUCCGACUGAUGAUGCAGGACUGCACAGCUGUAAAGACGUUACUGCUGAAAAUGAAGAGGGUUCUUCAAGAGAGCGCAGAUAUGAGUCCUGCCAGUAGUACCACUUCACUUCCUGUUAGCCCACUUACUGAAGAGCCAGUGCCUUUCAAGGAUAUAAUGAAAGAUGAAUGUUCAGUGCUGAAGUUGCAGCUGAAGGAGAGAGAUGAACUCAUUUCCCAACUACGCGAGGAUCUGGAGAAAGCCCAACAUUUACAGAAGGCUCUCGCUUCCCAAGUAGAUAAAUCCACACAGACUGAACUUGUAGGCCAUGAUGCUACAUAUCUAAACAAAGUUGUGAGCCAAAACCUCAACACAAGGGACAGAAAGUCAGCACAUACUCCCACCGAGGACCCUUUUAGAUAUUCAUUGGGCAACCAAGCAACUGCCUACGAAAGCAAAAGCUGUCAGCUGUCAAGUCUGUGUCUGAGUAACCUCCUGAAAGAUAAAGAAAUAGUGGAAGUCAUCAAGCACACGAGAGACACAUAUGAGACCCUCACUUCAGAGGUCACCCAGAAUGUUUUGGCCAGUGCUACACAAAAUACAACCAAGCCAACACCCAAGACAGAGAGCUUCCCAGGGUUGGCUGGGGUGCCGAAGGAUCAGACUGCUGUACCCCGGCAGCAUUCCACUUUCACGGGGAGAUUUGGACAGCCUCCGAGGGGACCCAUCUCCUUACACAUGUACAGCAGGAAAAAUGUUUUCCUCCACCACAACUUACACACGGCAGAGCUGCAGACUUUAGGCCAAAAAGAUGGCUAACUGAGUCCUCAUAUUCUUGUUGUAGAAAGAGAUAAAGUCAGUUAAGGGGGAACAUUGCUCAUCUAGAGCUCAGUCUUAAGUUCUCAUCUGCUGCUACCUUUAAUUUUUUAACUUUUAGCAUUGUA